AUGAUGGCGGGAUUUGCUCACAAGGCACCAAUCGGCUCGAGCGACCCACACGGGACAUACAGGCUCGUGUGUGAGUGGAGCGCAGAAAGCUUCUAAAGCCUCGUUUAGAAGAGCCUCUCUGCGCGGUGGACGACGCAUGCAGAAACAGCAUGGCGGACGACGCAUGCAGAAACAGCAUGGCGCCAACUCUUCUUGGACACGAAGGGAUGCCAACAAUUCCGCAUGGACAAAGUCUUUCCAUCAUGCUGACUGAGCACAUUUGAUCCUCACCCCUCCUACAUGCAGUGCUGGGCAUUCCUGUUCUUGCCCUCUUUGCCUUCAUUGCAGGUGUGCUGGGUGUAAGUGACGACCCAUGAUGAUCGGCGAGGAUGCGUAUGCAUGCCCAGGUGGUGUUUUAGUUUUCUCACCGCAUCUAUGAACUUUGUGCUGCGUUCCAAACUGCAGGCCUACUCGGCGGGGCAGAUCGGCAAGCUGGAAGAUGCAGUGGACGGCCUCGGCGUUCGAUACAGCGGGUUCAGAGAUGGUGGCUGGGGACUGGUGAGUGCGAUCAAAGUAGAAUUGGGGAAUGACUCUGGCGUGACGCUGAUCGGACUUUCGUCACCUCUCAGAUUGCGUUUAUUGGCCUGUUCACCUUCCUGUGGGGUUCGGCGGUGACAGUGCUAUCGUUGUUGCCCGUCGGCGGCGCAAAGGGAGCUACACCUUCCAGUGCUGUACGAUGGGUCGUCGGACCGCUGGGCGUGGCAGGCAUCUUGGCCUUUGUCUGGUUGCUCUUCUUGAUUGGGGCCGCUUACUCAUCCAGCGGAGGCACAUGCUCUAGCCUCGCUAAUGUUAUCGCCAAUCGGCUCAUUGGAGACUCGCAUUUUUGGUGAGUCCAAGACUCUGGAUCCAAUGCGAUCGCAGCUCAGUGCUGACCGCCGUUGGCUUGCUUUCCAUCGACCACAGCGGCACAAUCAAGGCCACGGUAGCAUUUGCGUGGAUCUCUUGUGAGUGAGGGGUACAUGUGAUUCAAGGCCGGUUUGGCGGAUGUCUCAUCAGAUGACUCACGAUCUUGUCUUGCGGCUCUCGCAGGGGUCUUCUCAUUCGUCUUGCUCGCUGCUGCCAUCUUGCUUGCGCUUAAGGUCCCUCGCUCGCACGGAGGUCUGGCAUCCGAUAGCGCCGCUGGCGCAGGAGCAUAUGCGUCUGAGCCAAAGGAUCAAGAGUCGGCAGCAAACACGUAUCCACCAGCGCCUACCGCAGGCCGAGAGAACUACAGUAGCUAUCCGACAGCACCAAGCAGUGUGACAGGUCUCCAGUCCGAAGUGACGAGGGCAGACGACUAUCCUAGCGCUCCUCCUUCCUUUCCCCUACCUCAACCCACUGGUCACGCGGGGUCGCCAGGCUCGCCAUCUUUGAGGGCCCCGCCUAGAAGCGAGAUCACAGCCGCUGACUCUUCGGAGCAUGGAGACUCCACUGACCCGCCUAGAGCUCCUUCGAGCGUCGGCACCGCUCCUACGACAGCAGCGAGCCCUCUUGGUAGCGCUCGUCCUACUCUGCCGCCUACAGGAGAGAUCAUGCAAGCUUGA